UGGAUGCCUGUUCCUGUCUUCUGAGGUUUACUUUGAGAUAAUUUCUGUAGUUUACAGAUCUGCUUCCUCUUUCCCCAAGAAAUGCGUAAUGGACACUGCAUGUUGUCCAGUUUCUGUGGAACAUAAGUGAUGUUUUUCUGCCCAGCUUCCCCAAAACCACUGAUAAUGUUAAGCACAAUUAUCCUUGAAAGCCAACUUUCCCGCCCCAAAAAUAUUUAUUUUCUGAAGAAGGAACCAGUUCAGAAGAGGUAAGUCAUAGAGCAAAUGUGAAUGUUCUUGAGACUGUUGUAUUUUAUUUCCUGUUCAGUUAUGGCAUCUUUUUGUUGAAUUAGCAGAAUGUUCACCCUAUUGGACCAACGCAGCAUUUGUCACCUGCUCACAUUCCUUUUCUGAUGCUUCCAGGCACAGCCUGAGUGGGUGACAGCAAGCAGGAAUGAAGGAGGGACCAAAAUUCAUUUCACCAAACAGAUGUGUAGGAGGUCAGGGGAGUGUUCUUAGUGACAUUGUUAUGGUGUUACCUUCAUGGCUUUUGUUUGCUGUAUGACAAGUGGAUCAUCCUAAGGUGAGCGAGAGAUUUUCCUUGGGGCUUCAUAGAUACCAAGGUUCUUGGUGUGCUGUCUAGGCAGCAGAUGCCUUCCAGAGAGGAAGAGAACUUUGAAAAUGCAAGAGGAAAGUCAGGAAGGAUUGAGGUACAUGAGGAGUCCUCAGGAGCUGUGUCUGCCCAGUGCUUUUUUAGGUCUUUAAGGGAGGUUGUCAUGCUGGGCUGUGAUAGGUUUGAGUUCUGGAAUGAGAAAAUUCCCUGGUUUGAUUGAACUCUUCCAGGCCUCCAUGCACAGAUGUCCCAAUUAACUGUGGCCUCAGCUUCUGUGUCAGAGAGUGGUGGAAACUCUUUUGAUGCAGCAGAGCUUUUCUUUGUCAUCUGGCUGCCUUGCUGUGUUAUUGCUGGGUCCUUGAGAGCACUGGAGGCUGAAGAGUGUGGCCUUUCUCCUGAACAGAGUGAAGUUGGAGGUGCAUGGAGAGCAAGCAGGCUGCUCCCUCUCCACAUUAAGAGGAGGUGUAGGGAAGAGAAAUGAGACUCGGACCCCAAAAUCAUCUUCGUGGUAGGGGUAUUUUAGGUAUUUUUAAAUAUUUUGUGGAAGAAAGAAUGUGCAGAAGAUAUAAUUAUGGAAAUAGAGGAGCAGGGGAUGCAGCGACAAGGAAGGAGGAGGAAUGUAGAAAGAAGAUUUAAAAAAAAAAAAACCAACUAAGCAAGGAUGUACAUGAAGGGGUCAGGUAAAAGAAGAACAAGGAGAGAUAUUCCCAAACUACAUUGUGAGGAUUUGGAAAAUAUUCUAGUGAAGACAGAAAAACCAAAACAAAAAACAAACAAACAAAAAAAAAAGACAACAUCAGAAGAGACAAGAUGGAAACAGGAGAGGAGAAGGGGGAAAGACAUAGGACAGCGAUAAGCAGGAAUGAAAAGAUAUAGAGAAAGAACAAGGAAAGAGAAAAUAAAGUAAAUGGAAGGGGAAAAUAUAAAUAGCAUCAAGAAAAUAAUAAUAAUAUAAAUAGUAAUAGUAAUAAAAUAGUAGUAGUAGUAGUAAAGUAAAUAAUGAACCGAUGCAAAUAAAAAUAAAGCCAUAAUGAAAGUAAGAAAUGAAGGAAGAAUGGAAAUAUGAAAGAGACCAUAGAGCUGACCAGCACGCACCGAACUUAUGAGUAGACGCUGGGCAGAGUUGGUUCCUAACAGCCUUGGUUGGAGCAGCGCAGCUCUGCAGCAAUGAUGGCCCGUAAGUAGCGCUGAUGACUCCGCAUUUGAUGGUCUCUGCGGCACCAGAGAAAACUGGCGACCUUCCAGCGCGGCUAAAGAAUAGAGGUGGGUGGAAGGAGAUGGGAAAAGAGUGGAAAGAAAGAAGAGUGGAAUAACAAGGACGAAAGGGAAGAAAGAGAAUGGAGCACAAAGGAAAAAAAAGGAAAGAUAAAGGAAAUAUGACGGAAAAGAAUGAAUUGCAAGGGAACAAGCAAAUGAAAAUGGCAGUGAAGAAGGAAGAAGAAGAAAUGAAAGAAGACGUGCAAAGACAGUAGAAGAUAUGAGGGGGAAAAAACGAGGAGCACGACAACAAGACACGGUAGAAAACAUACCCAUUUCAGGAAGGCAGCGCGGGGGAAAAUACAGAGCGUGUGCGGCGGCGGAGCAGCGCACGGUGUCGCUGCAGGCUCAGGAACGGCUCGGUGCGGGCGGCUCCGCCCCGGUGCGGCGGAGAGCCCGGCUGUGAGCGCGGGGGGGCGGCGCGGGCCGGGCAGCAGAGCCGGUGCGUCCGGGCGGCGGCGGGGAGCCGUGCGGGGCCCGGGCCGGGGCCGGCAGCCACAGCGGCGACAGCGGCGAGAGCGGCGAGAGCGGCGGCGGCAGGGAGGAUGGGCGAGCGGUGGUGUGCGGCGGUGCUGCGGGUGCUGGUGCUGCAGGCGCUGUCCUGGGCGCUGGCGGGCGGGCAGGUGCGCUACUCGGUGGCGGAGGAAGCCAAGGCCGGCACGGUGGUGGGCCGUCUGGCGCAGGACCUGGGCCUGGAGGCGGGCGAGGCGGAGGCGCGGCGGCUGCGGCUGGUGGCUCCGGGCCGGCGGGCGAGCGUGGAGGUGAGCGGGGCGAGCGGCGCGCUGCUGGUGAGCUCGCGGCUCGACCGGGAGGAGCUGUGCGGCAAGAGCGCGCCGUGCGCGCUGCGCCUGGAGGUGCUGCUGGAGCGGCCGCUGCGCGUCUUCCAUGUGCAGCUGGAGGUCACCGACAUCAACGACAAUGCCCCCGUCUUCCCCGCCGCCCGAAAGAACCUCAGCAUCGCGGAAUCGUCUGUGCUGGGGUCUCGUUUCCCGCUGGAGGGCGCGUCAGAUGCGGAUAUCGGAGUGAACGCACAGCUCUCUUAUACACUCAGCCCCAGCGAGCAUUUCUCUCUGGAUUUGCAGCGGAGUGAGGAAUACCGAGAAUCCCUGUUUCUGGUACUUACGAAAUCUCUUGAUCGAGAGACGACUCCCGUGCACCGGUUGUUGCUGACGGCGAGUGACGGGGGCCGGCCGUCUCUCACGGGGACAAUGGAGCUGGUGAUCUCGGUGGAGGAUGCGAAUGACAACGCGCCCCAAUUCAAUCAGACUGUGUAUAAAGUGCAACUGCCGGAGAACGCUACGGAGGGGACGUUUGUGGCGAGGGUGAAUGCCACGGAUCCGGAUUUGGGAAGUAAUGGAGAAGUGAAAUUUAGCGUGAGCAAUACUUUUCCUGAAAAGGGAAAGAACAUUUUCCUUUUAAAUGCGAAGACGGGUGAAAUUCAUUUGGCAGGCAUCGUGGACUAUGAAGAGGCUCGUUUAUAUGAGAUACAAAUAGAAGCGAGAGAUAAGGGUAUGCCCCCGCUGUCGGGUCAUUGCAAAGUGGUGCUGGAGGUUCUGGACGUGAACGACAACGCGCCGGAGGUGUGGGUGACGUCGCUGUCGGUGCCGGUGGCGGAGGACGCGUCGGUGGGGACGGUGGUGGCCCUGCUGAGCGUGUCGGACCGGGACUCGGGGGAGAACGGGCGCGUGCGGUGCUGGGUGUGGCCGGCGUCGCCGUUCGGUCUGGAGGCGACGUUCGCGGGCUCGUACUCGCUGGUGCUGCGCGAGGCGCUGGACCGGGAGCGGGUGUCGGAGUACGAGGUGGAGGUGCGUGCGGAGGACGGCGGGGCGCCGGCGCUGCGCGCCAGCCGCGGGCUGCGGGUGCCGGUGUCGGACGUGAACGACAACGCGCCCGCGUUCGCGCAGGCCGUGUACACGGUGCUGGCGCGGGAGAACAACGCGGCGGGCGCGGAGCUGGCGCGGCUGUGGGCGCGGGACCCGGACGAGGCGGGCAACGGGCGCGUCAGCUACUCGCUGUGGGAGGGCGGCGUGGGCAGCGGGGGCGGCGGCGGCGGGGCCGCCGGGUCGUCGUCGUGGUGGUCGGGCGGCGGGUGGCGUCCGGCUUCGAGCUACGUGUCGGUGGACGCGGAGAGCGGGCGCCUGUGGGCGCUGCAGCCCUUGGACUACGAGGAGCUGCAGGUGCUGCAGUUCGAGGUGCGCGCGGUGGACGCGGGGGAGCCGCCGCUGAGCGGCAACGCCACGGUGCAGCUCUUCGUGCUGGACGAGAACGACAACGCGCCGGCGCUGCUGCCGGCCGCGGGCUCGGCCCCGGAGGCGGGCGCCGUGGCGGCGGCCGAGGCGGCGGCGGCGGCGGCGGGCGUGGGGGCGGGCUCGGCGUCUGGCACGCUGUGGGCGUGGGCGGCGUGGGGGGCGCCGGCGGGGCAGGUGGUGGCCAAGAUCCGCGCCGUGGACGCCGACUCGGGCUACAACGCGUGGCUGCGCUACGAGCUGUGGGAGCCGCGGGGCAAGGGCCCGUUCCGCGUGGGGCUCUACAGCGGCGAGGUGAGCACGGCGCGGGCGCUGGACGAGGCGGACGGGCCUCGCCAGAGGCUGCUGAUCGUCGUGCGCGACCACGGCGAGCCGGCGCGCUCGGCCACGGCCACGCUCAGCGUGUCGCUGCUCGAGGCGGCCGAGGCGGCGCUGGCCGCGGGCUCCUCCUCGUCGUCGUCGUCGCCGUCGCGCUCGGCCGUGGGCGUGGAGCUGGGGCCCGGGGCGGCGAGCGCGGCCACCAACGUGUGGCUGGUGGUGGCCAUCUGCGCCGUGUCCAGCCUGUUCCUGCUGGCCGUGGUGCUGUACGGGGCGUCGCGCUGGGCGCCGCGGGCGGCCGUGCUCUCGGGGCCCGGGCCCACCACGCUCGUGUGCGCCAGCGAAGUGGGCAGCUGGUCGUACUCGCAGCGCCACAGCCGGAGCCUGUGCGUGGCCGACGGCGCCGCCAAGAGCGACCUCAUGGUUUUCAGCCCCAACUUCCCCCCUCCGCCGCCGCCGCCCGGCCCCGCGCCCAAGGACACGCAGCCGGAGCCCUCCGCUCUCCUCGACACGGUCAGUGCUCCUUCCUUCACUCCCUUCUCUGUUCCUUUCCUCCGCCCUCUUCAGAAGCUGCUCUUUGAAGCCGGGCUCUGUUCCCACGGCUUAGGGAUCUUGGGGACUUAGCGGGUCCUUGAGAAU